UUACGGUCAAAGAGCCAAUAACAAAGCUCGAAGACUUCGUCUGCUGAGUUGACCGACGCCGGUCAUCCCUCUCCUUCUCUCUCCCCCUCCGAGCUUCGCUCGCGCAUUCAAAAACGAGAUCGAAGCUUCCGACGCGGGAUCGGGUCCUCUUCCUUCUCUCCAACGUCCGGCGAACUCCCAAUCUUACCUGGCGGUUCCCCCUCGACCACCUGACGCUUCCCCGUCGAUCUCCCUCUUCGGACCCGGCGAACUCUCCCUUUGCUUCUUCCUCGCUUCCAGUUUGGCCUUUCUAUUUACCGAAGCCAAAAAGAAAGAGAAGGAUGCCUAAUUGGGAGCUCAAGAACUGUUGCGAUCGAGACCAGACCGCGUUCAUGGUCACCAUUGGUGUUUUCACCUUCGUCAUCCUCCUCUUGUGGAGGACUUUUCUGCUGAGGCCUUUCAAGCUCAUCACGGUAUUUCUGCACGAGACCAGCCAUGCCCUUGCCUGCAAGCUGACCUGCGGGGAUGUUGAGGGCAUACAGGUACAUGCAGAUGAGGGCGGGGUCACUCAAACUCGCGGUGGCAUCUAUUGGAUCAUUCUACCUGCUGGAUAUCUUGGCUCAUCAUUUUGGGGAAUGGUCUUCAUUCUUGCAUCCACUAAUCUUCUUGCAACAAGAAUUGCUGCUGGUUGCUUUUUGCUCGCUUUGGUGGUUGUAUUUUUCUAUGCCAAAAAUUGGUUGCUUCGUGGACUCUGUAUAGGUUUCAUCAUUUUUGUCGCCUUGGUUUGGUUUCUACAAGAGGCUACGAAGGUCCAUAUACUUCGCUAUGUCAUCCUGUUUAUAGGUGUCAUGAAUAGCUUAUUUUCUGUUUAUGAUAUCUAUGAUGACUUAAUAUCUCGAAGAGUUAACUCGAGCGAUGCUGAAAAAUUUGCUGAAAUCUGCCCUUGCCCUUGUAAUGGCGUCGGGUGGGGUGUUAUUUGGGGUUUGAUAUCAUUUGCCUUUCUUUGUGGAUCCAUUUACCUCGGUCUGGUUAUCCUAUCUUGAGGCUUUCGUUUCGUGGGUAUACAUUCUGAUUCACCUGGUUGGGCUUGUCUUCGAAUUAACUGUGGAUUUAGAUUCUCGGGAGCUUCUAAGUUUAUGGAGUUGGGACCGACAUCCCCCAAUAUAUGUUUGUAUUAUCAAAACUCAAUCUCUUGCGAAUUCUUUCGGUCCUAUUGAUGGUUCAUCUACUUUGUAUUGAUUAUUAUUAUUUGUUGCAACAUUCAUCAGUUAUUUUCACUCAGUAAAUUCUUUGCUAGUUCUGAAUUCUA